AUGGCGGUGCCGGAUAAUACCCUCGUCAUCUAUGUGGUGACUGCCACGACAUUCCUGCUGGCGACAAUCCUCAUUGUGCUGCGACUGGUAGCUCGAUAUGUGACGAAGAUUGAGACCUGGUGGGACGACUGGUUCGCCCUCCUUGCAUUUCUGUGCGCAUUUGGAUUUUCAGGUGUGGUUAUCGAAUGGACUGUGGGCGCAGGCCUGGGCCGGCCUCUCGAGGUCAUCAACAUCAGCAGGGAGGACGCCUACUACCAGUCACGGAUGCUUCUCUGGAUCGGCGAGAUCAUCUACGCCUUUGCCCUGACAUUUUCAAAGCUCUCCGUCCUUAGCUUCUACUGGCGGCUGUUUAGCACCUCAAGUAUCCGCAUCCCCAUCCAGAUCCUGACCGGCGCCUCGAUCGUCUGGCUCGUCAUCCGUACUCCCAUGGCCAUCUUUCACUGCGUCCCGGUGCACGCUUUCUGGGACUUGACGGUGGAUAACAAAGUGUGCAAUAUCGACGACUCGAAAUUUUUCUUCGGCACGGUGCUGGUUCACCUAAUCAUCGAUGUCUUGAUCCUUGCGCUGCCUGUCGUUCAGGUGAAGAAUCUCCGUCUGCGAUUGGGACAGAAGAUUGCUGUGAUUGGCCUCUUCAUGUUCGGAAUCUUGGUCUGCGUUGCUUCAAUUGGCGUCUUGGUUGAGUCGUCCAAAUUUGAUCCCAACUCCCCCGAGAUGCCUUUGGAAAUCUCCCCCAUCAUCAUAUGGGCUACGAUGGAAGUUAACCUUGCGAUCAUUUCCACAUCCCUCCCUCUCAUGCGACCCAUAUUCCGCCGAAUGCUCCCCGACUCUGUCCUAGGCUCCGACUCCCGAAGCAGCGCAAUCACCAGGUCCGACACAGGCAGCCUCGCCGGCUUCAGGCCGAACAAGUUUAACAACAUGCACGAGAUGGACGACGCAUGCUCCUUCAAGAACUUCCCCGACAUCGAGACAGGUUCGAUAAGCUCGGACGGGUUUGGCCGGACGAGAGGCUACACUGGCCCGCAGACGUUCAGCUCCGUGAGGGCUGAGGAUGGGCAGCGGCUGCAUCGUGACUUCAAGGGGAUCCAUGUAAAGAAUGAGACGAGGGUAUCCGUGGUAACUCGGCCGCCGAUGAGCGUGCACAGCUGGUUGCACCUGCCGCUUCUCAGGACUUUCUCACCUGGUGACUUUCUUCAAACGAUCCGCGUUCAUCCACCUCCUGCUGCUCACUCUUCUCUCCGCAACACAAGAACAUUUGCGCAACUGACUACCAACCUUGUUUUCCUCCUCACCAUUGACCGGGUAUCGCCCACUCUCGCCAUUCAAAGGAUGCCAGCCCCCAUUGCGUCCAAGGUGCCACGCCAGGCUCCCGCACUCUAUAACCGGAGAAGGGAUGGAUGCGACUGGAAAGCAUGCCAGAUUUGGUCGAGUGGUUGGACACCGUACAAUAUCAGCCAAUGGGGCCAAGAUUUUGUAUGCCCAAAUCUCCAUGUUCGUACAAACCCCUUGUCAGCUUGGGCAUUUGAUUCCUGGGGGUUUGUCACCGCAGUUGAGAAUGCAAAGUGGCAGCCGGCAUGUUAUUGGAUCGAUGAGAAAUCCAAGGGCUGGCAAAAGUCUCUUCCGUGGAUGCUCAGCUGGGAGCGCUUCCAAUUCUUCAUUAAAGAAGCUCGAGGAGGGAGCUUCCCGGAAGAUCUCGUGCUCCGCUUGCCCUGCGUGGAAGACCCAUUGAAGGCCAGCACAGAAUUUGACUGGCGUAUGUCUAUGGCUGCAGCAGAAUUUUUCGUUGCAAAUGACCACCGAAUGUGGUGUGGGCAACAGCCAGCAACCAUAGUGGUAUGCAGAGCCAAGGAGUUUCGCACGCUUGUUGAUCAGGGCUGGGAAGUUCUCAUGCGCAAGUUGAAGGAGGGAAAAAUCGGAGAUGCCAACGGGGAGGCACAAUCCGAAGAAUCAGACAGUACCGCAGAUUCAAAUGUGGCGGAAGGACAUGACCUCCAAGCCAAAGACAGAAAUUCAAGCACGGAAGAAGUCGCAGACGCCACGGCGGGAGACAGUGGUGAUAAUGCAGCUACUGAGACUACCACCACAACUACGACCACCGUCGACAACUCGACGACUACGACGACCGUUGCCACAGUCGUCGCUGGUGAUACUACGAUGACUACCACGAUAAUCACCGCAACCGUCGGUGGUGAUACUACUACAACGACCAGUAUUGCAACAACCUCAAAGAAACGGAAGAACAUAACUCAAGCGCAGUCUCGGGAUGGGGGAAACAACAAGAGGCCCAGAGGGAGCACAGCGCAGGCUGAACAAAACACAGCUACUAUCGACUUGGAACAAGAGAAGUGA